AUGAGUAAGCAUGCCAUCUCAUUGUUCAUUCUACUGCUUACCAUCUCGUUUUCAGAAGCUAAGAAGGCCAGGUUUGACACGAAGGCGCAGGAGAAGGCGGCUUACAAUGAGGACGGCUUUCUUGUGGACAUCGUUGUCCAAGAGAUCAAGCCAACAGUUCAGGCUAUAGACCCUACAAAUGCAUGCAAGGAUGUUGACCACUUCUUUGCUCCAGCUGAAAAGCACUUGGGAAGGCAGGGAGAGCCCAGCAAGAAGCACAACAAGUGCCUUCAAUGCAAAGAGUGGAUCAUCUCAGAUAUAACCAAUCUGCAGCGCCACAUAGAGACAAAGCAUUUGAAGAAUAAUUUCGAGUCCAAGCUUCGUGGAGAUAUUAACGAGCGCAAGGCAUCCCUUGAGACCAUCAAACUUGAGCAGAAGACGCUUGACACCCAUCUGCAAGAUAUGCCAAAGGAGGAGAGGGUUAUCCACUACUCUGAACUUGUCUUCAAGUGGAUCGCCAUGGAAUGGCUUGCUGAGACAGACCAGCCAAUUGGUGCUCUGGAGCACCCUGCCUUCCACUGCAUGAUCCAAGUUGCGGCACAAGCUACAAAUAGUGUCAAGAUCCCAAAUCAAAAAGCUGCUUGCAAGGAAAUCCUGGAACGCUUCUAUGAACAGAUGGCAGGUCUCAAGGCUCGCUUUGCAUGCGACACUGUUACUGGCGAGAUUAGCCUCACCUGUGAUGCCUGGCAAGCCUCCAAUCUGGAUGCCUACUUUGCGGUGACUGGCCACUUCAUUGAGAAGCAAAGUGAUGCCAGCUGA